AUGGAGAACUCAACAGAGAUUACGUCAUUUGUGCUGGCUGCAUAUGGCAACAUUGGACAGCUCAGGUACCUGUAUUUCACUCUGAUUAUAAUAUGGUAUUUAUCAAUAGUUUUUAUCAACUCAGCUCUUAUCGUGGUGAUAGGUAUGAACAGACGGCUGCAUGAGCCCAUGUAUAUGUUCCUCUGUAGUUUGCUUAUUAAUGAAAUAUAUGGCAGCACAACAAUAUAUCCCUGUCUAAUGUCUCAAAUGUUUUCAGAUACUCAUGAAGUGAGUCUUACAACCUGUUUUACACAGAUAAUUUGUUUCUACACGUCUGUGUCAACUGAAUACUGUAAUUUUGCAGCCAUGGCUUAUGACAGAUAUGUCUCUAUUUGUUACCCACUACAUUACAAUGUUAUAAUGAACUCUGGGAAAGUCUAUGCAAUCAUUCUGCUAGUGUGGAUUUAUUCAAUUGCUAAUUUUACAUUUACAGUGUAUUUUAUGGCUCACUGGAGGUUUUGUGGAAAUGUUAUUGACAAAAUUUAUUGUGACAUCCACUCUCUACAUAGCCUUGCCUGUUCUGUCCCAGCAGCGAGCCGCAUUUAUGGUUUAGUGUAUGCUGCUGUUACUGUUUUUGUGCCAUUUGUAUUAAUUUCUUUCUCGUACAUUAAGAUUUUGAUUGUUUGUGUGAAAACAUCCAGUGAGGCAAAGCAGAAAGCAGUCAGCACCUGUGCACCUCAGAUUGCUUCUAUGAUAAACUUUGCCAUUGGUUGUUCCUUUGAUAUUGUACAGAGCAGAAUUGAUGUGACUCAUGUGCCAGAUAAACUACGCAUUCUCUUGUCCGUGUAUCUUGUUGUUUGUCAGCCAGUUUUCUCCCCUGUAAUGUACGGUCUGAAUCUAUCCAAAAUAAGAGAUGCAUGUAAGAGAUUUCUGUGUGAUAAAAAAUAA